UUGAAGCGUUAUAUGUGAUUGGCUCCUGUAGUUGCCAGUACUUAUUCUGCAUUGCUACCGGUCAGUUUGUGGCGCUCCAAUCUAAACUUUUUCCGUUAUCUUGGGUUGGAUUAGUUGUGUACUAAGUGUCCCAUCUGAGAAAUGAGAGAAGCCAAUUCAGUAUGAAAUUUCUGCUCAAGGUAAUACACCGUUUAGCAAAACCCUAAUCCAACCAUGUCCGACUUGAACGAGCUCCGUGACAAACUGUCCACGCUGCUAACGUUCCAACGCAACAUCGCCACCGUACUGGAAUCCAUCACCAGCGACCUAAUCGACCGAGCCAUCCAGCAGGAAGUGGUCGAGCUCGAAAACUGUCAGCUCCGUCGGCGUAACAAACGUUUGGAUGAAAAGUUGACCAAACUGGAGCGAGCCCGGAUGGAUUCGGCUCGGGUGAGUCAGUUUAUGUUGAAUCCUAAAGCGGUGGUGGCAUCAAGUAGUGGAUUUCACCAACUGGGGGCUGCGAGAUUGCCUAAACGGUCCGCCUGGCAUCAACCAGCGGAGAUCUAUUUCCAGUACGGUAGCUUGAAGGAACAGGAUCACCUGUAUGAUGCGGUAACUAUCCAAAGGCACGAAAACAUAUACGAAGCGCCGGAUGACAUUCGAUCGAACUUCGAGGAUAACUUCAACAAAAACGGCUUGCUAAGCUACGAGAAUCCCAACUAUCAUAUGGACCCACUCCGAAUGGAGCGUAACUCGCAUCUGUACGAGGAGAUCAUCUCCGAAUUGCAGCAGCAGGGUACUCUUCGACCCGCCGGAAGCGUAAAUUUGGUUAGGGACCCGAGUUUGCUGGGUAGCAAUCGGAAAGGAUAUCUGGACAUUGCAUCAAUGGCUGUUGACAGCAAGGAAGUUGACAAUUCUUUGGUAGAAAAACAUAAAUUGCUGGACGGCUCUCCCAACGAAUCAGAAACGCAGAAGGAUGAAGUCUCGGAAAAAGGCAAAAAGACUCAAGAGCAGGAAAUCAAACACAUAGCUGGAACGCUGAACGCCGAUGAUCUGUACGCAGUGCCGAACAAGAAGAAGCAACCAGCGGGAGAGGUCGCCCCUGCAGACGAGGAAGAAGAUGAAGAAGAAAAGGGUAAACAGGAAGAAAUUGAAGCCAUCGAAGACAAGGACAAGACCAGUGAUCUACCGCCGGGUUGGGAAAAGCAUGAAGACAAUGGUGGUCCUUACUAUUGGCACAUCAAAUCGGGAACAAUACAACGCGAGCCACCAGUUUGGCCAAAAGAACCACCGAAAGAGCUUAAGACACCGAUAGCGCCAACGCCUCGCUAUAUUCAGAACUCCAUGUUCUCCCAGACGCUGGCCAGCCUGUACGGGACACCAAAACCGGAGACCAGUUCGACCUCGUCCAGCAGUGGUCGAUUACACGACAGUAUUACGUCCGUUACCCGUAGCAGUACCAGCUCGGCCCUGGAUCAGGAAGAUGAACGACGACGGAGAGAGGACAUUGCGUUGAAACGACGAAGUUUUCCUCUUAAAUCAGAUUCAGACCGACCCAUAAGAUUCGCGGUGCGAUCGUUGGGUUGGGUUGAGAUUGCAGAAGAGGAUCUCACUCCAGAACGGUCCUCUAAAGCGGUCAACAAGUGCAUAGUGGAUCUCUCGCUUGGCAGAAAUGAGAUGCUGGACGUUGUGGGUAGAUGGGGUGAUGGUAAAGACUUGUUUAUGGACUUAGAUGAAGGUGCUUUAAAAUUAAUUGAUCCAGAAUCGUUGACAAUACUAAAUUCGCAGCCGAUACACACGAUACGAGUGUGGGGCGUUGGUCGAGAUAAUGGAAGAGAUUUUGCUUACGUGGCCAGAGAUCGACUCACCCGAAUCCACAUGUGUCACGUUUUCCGAUGUGAUACCGCCGCCAGGACGAUCGCCAACACGUUAAGAGACAUUUGCAAGCGAAUAAUGAUUGAACGAUCCCUCCAGCUCGAUGUGAGCAGUUCUAGUUCGGGCAGCUCCCGCUGUGCAAUACGUCCUACUGAUCUACCAACCGAGAACCGACGAUGGAUACGACACCCGGCAUCUUUUCCCACUCCAAUGGAGGAACCGAAAAAGGUUCUGAGGGCGCAAUAUCUCGGUUCGCUCGAAGUUGAUCAACCCACCGGCAUGGAGGUGCUGAAUGAUGCCAUUGACAAGCUUGUUACCAGCAUUCCGGUGGAAAACUGGGACGGCGUUAACGUUUCUGUGGCUCCCAGUAUGAUCAGUGUGAAUACAUCGGACACGGAGGCACGUUUGUUAUGCGAAUGUAGGGUGAGGUAUCUUAGCUUUUUGGGAAUUGGAAAGAAUAUCAAGAAUUGUGCGUUUAUCAUGCAUACGGCGCAAGACAAAUUUGUAGCACACGUGUUUCACUGCGAACCAUCUAGCGGGGCACUGUGCAAAACGAUAGAAGCUGCUUGCAAGCUUCGAUACCAGAAAUGUCUCGAUGCUCACCCGGAAGGUAGUGGUCGCUACUCGGCUGAUUCCCACACACCCGGAAAAGGAAUUGGAGCGACUUUAAAAAACUUGAUGAGCUCGUUCUCACUAAAAAAGGAUAAGGCCAGUUCCUGAGAACGAGCAAAAUCGCUGCAGGAAAUCUGGCCACACGCCGCGGAGAGGGAAGUCAUCCCCCAUCGGCACCUGCAGUCGCCGCUGAUAAACAAGAGAAUCUUCGAGUGUCCCAACAGUCCUUAGCGUAUGAUGCUACCAGCAGCCUGGCAGAAGAUAGCACUCACCAAAGCCGCUGGAGCUCCCUGUAGUACUAGUAGUAGAAUUGACAGCAGCAGCCGCAAAUCAUCGCUGUCGUCGCUGUCGAUAGCAUCCAUCGCGUCCACGCUAUCGACGGAAACGUCCAUCACGAUGGUGACGUACAUCAAUUUCAACAGCAGCAGCAGCAGCAACAACCAUCAGCAAACAACAGCCAGUAUCAUAGACAGCGACAGUGAUAGUUUUAGCAAUAGUUUAUUGAGUCAUCGAAACACUGUUGACGAAGUAUCGCUCGAACAGUUGAAACAGCAGCAGCAGCAGCAGCAGGUUCUGCUGCCCAAGGAUGACGACGGAAGCAACAGUAAGCUAGAUCGAGUGAUUGAAGAGUCCUUGUAAUUGUACGCCGCUGAUUCAUCACCUGAUUUCUAGUUUGGCUGAGUUCGGUAAAUGUUGGUAUUAGCUAAAACAAAUAUGUAGUUUGUAAUUUGUAUAGACAGUGUGAGCAGAGAACAGAUUAUAUGUUCAACAUUUAUUUUACAACACCACGAAACGAUGGAAAUGGAAAACGAUCAGUCGAUGGGAAUUGAGAGACCACUAUAUGUUGAAGUUUGAAAGUGAAAAGUAAGUCGGUUGAAUGAGUGUGAUGGUUUUUAGUACAGAGAUCUCGUGUGAAAUUUACCAUUCGCGACAUAGUUAGGAUAUAUCGCAGAAUUAUUUUUUGAUUUACCCGCGGUCCUCAGCUAUGCUACGCAGAAUGGAUAAUUCUUAUCCCACCUUAUGAGUAGGAUAAUAUUGAAACUAUUCCUAAGCCGUUAUCUGCUUUUGUUUAAAUCAAAAUAGCUCAAUACGUUAAAAAUUUCGAAACAUUUCUCUAGUGGAUAUACUGGUAGAAGUUGCACAUAAUUGAACAUCAGAAUAUUGUAAUCCACGAUCGUAUAGUGAAAAUCAGAAGCAUCCUCACUGUGAGAGGCUUUGAAUAUAUUUAAUCAAUUUAACAAAUUACCGAUAUUGACCGAUAAUGAGAUAGGUAUUCCAUCAUCGAUUUUGUGGAUAACGACGUUUUGGAACACCGCUGUUAUAACCCGUAACGCUAGGUAGACACCUUUACGUGGUGUGUUACGGGGUAAGAUUUACCACGGUUACAUUGCAGGCUACAGGCAAAUCCUGACCCAACGAAUACCUUCCUCAUUAUCCAACUCCGUGAUACUUAUGAGGGUGUCGCUAAGUAGGUGGCCUCUCGUUAAGUAAGUACCACAUCAACACUUCCUUCCUCUCCCUAGUUACGGUGAAGAUGAGCGUGGCCAUGAGUAGUAAUCCUCAUGCUUUUGUUAUUUUUGUCUAAUCAAGGUCCACUACCCUUCUUGAUUUCUGAUAGCAUUCUAGAUAAGGAUAUCAAAAGUAAAACAUGAGUAUCACUAGUGUCCAAUCUACGAAUUACACCGUAACAAUGCUAAUGCUAGUGCUAAUAAUGACGUUUUGGAACACCGUAGUUAAUCGUGUGGUGCACGAAGCCUAUUGAAGCAUCAUCAUUCUAGACGAUUACCGACUAUCGCCUUAACCUGUUGUAUCUUUGUCGACUUAUGACUUAUUUUCAUCAAGUCUCUGUGUCUGAUACUGCGAUGUCCUUCUCGGUUCCAAUUUAACUUUUGUUUUAUAAGUGAUGAACUUCUUGUACAGAAAAAAUCACAGUAAUGAAGAGAUUCUACGUUGAAAUAAGAUAUUCGCAUUUUGGUGCGAUGUGUCUUUUUUUACCCAAAGCAGAUCAGCCAAGAUGAGGGAUGAUGCUCCUUUGUCUUCCUUCCUGAUACCGAUGAAUUCGGCGGCCUUCGUUGCGGUCUGCAGGAUUUAACAAACGAUCCUUAGUGCCAUUAUUGUCUAUGUAAUGGGAUCAAAGGUCAAUCGGGCUUAGCACAGUCAGUGAAAGCACGGACCUUAUGGGAGAAAUCUCUAUUUCGAAGGUCCAUCAUUUUGGUCUUGAUAGUUUUUGUCUUGCGAACACAACAUGUCUCAAGCGCAGGUUGCCCAGUGUGAAAGGCAUUAGUCAUUGUCGUAUAUAUGUGGGGGGGGGGGGUGUUCUAACCCCUCUAGGACUUGAAAAGUUAGUUAGCAGUGAAAUCAAUGUUCAACAUAUAGCAUAAUGAAUUACUGAAAAAGUUUGAAGACAAAAGAGUUAUCUCCCAUAUUCACCCUAUCAUAAUGAAAUAAGUAGAAGACAUAUGAGCUUGUUUCUCAUUUCCGAGACAGAUUCUUGUGUGGCAGUGAAAUUGCACUUGGUGUAAUGAUUAAAAAGCAAUAUCUAAUUUACUUGAAAGCAUCAAAGUAAGCUUGAUAUGAACAACAACGGAGAGCCACCAAAAUAUCAAUCGAAGCAAUCGCCAGCAGUCAAAGGGAUGUGAUUAACCAUCACGAACUGGAAUGACAAUUUAUCAGCAGACUUCCGCUUGCUUAGCAGCAUGAUAAUAUUCACAAAUCCCAACAGCAUUCUAGAUUCCUUCAUCAGAAUCCACAGGAAUUUUCAUCAGAAUCUGAGCAGAAUUCUCAUUGGAAUCUCGUAAGAAUUCAUUUCAGAAUCAUCGAAGACUUCCAACCGGAAUCCAGAAGAAUUCACAUUAGAUGCUUUUCGGUAUCGUUGAGGGAUCUGUGGGGACACCCUUCAUUAUCCAUGGAGAAUUUGUUUCGGAAUCAUUCGGAGACUUGCUUCUGAAUACCUUAACGAUUUUUUUCAGAGCACUUUUUUAAUAAUUUAAUUCGGAGUCUCUCUACGUUUUGCCUUGAAAUCCCUCAAUGAUUUUCUCUGGAAUUCCUCGACGAUCACAAUCCCUCCGACGAAUUGCUUCGUAAUCUUUCGAUGAUUUGCUUCAACAUCCCAGGAAGAUUCUUUACGGAAUCAUUCGACGAUUCUUUUCAGAAUACGGUUAGCUUUGGAAUUUCUCGAAGACUUAGUUCACUGGAGGAUUCUCUACGGAAUCCCUGGAGGAUUAAUUUGGAGUGCCUCCCCAAUAAACAGUGGCGGUGUGUAAAGCGCUUAUAUAGCCAGAAAUAGUCUUAUUCAGCUGUAAAACUAGCUUAUUCUGCUAAAACUGUUUGUUGGGUUGACAAUUUGCUUUGGAACCCCUCGACAGAUUGCUUCGGAAUCCUUCGACGAUUUGCUACUACAUCCGUGGAGCAUUACCUACGAAAUCCCUGGAACUUUCAUGUUGGAAUUCCUGGAGAAUUUCCGACAGAGUCUCAGGAACAUUUCCGUUGGAACUCCUGGAACAUUCCCGUCAGAAUUCCUGGAGGAUUCCAUUCGGAAUCUCUAGAAGAUUCUCAUUGGAAUCUAGAAAUAUUUCCGUUGGAUUCUGUGGAUUACGGAAGAUUACGGAGCCUGCGAGGUGGGACAUUAUUAUUAAUCUCUUGUAGAAGUUCCGGGCAGUCGAUAUUACCCUCCAACACAUCAAAUACAAACAACCAUUGAAUUUUCUUUCUCCGGGCCAAUAGCGUCUCCAAAUUAAUCAACAUACAUCGCGGUCGAUUUUCCGAUAAGUGAUAUGAUAUUUGGUUGUUUUUCAUUGUAAACUCUCCAAAAGAAGUCGGCGAAAAUGCUUGUGGCUUCAGUUUUCGGUAGUCACUUCGUUGAACUCAACAUUGGUUGGUAUUUUAGGAGUAGCUUUCAAGGAUUUUACAAACUUCCAGAGUGAUGCUGGGUUUUGCUUCAAGUCUCGCUGUAUUUGUUCCAUGUGUUCAGUGUGUGUUUUGGUCAAUAAACUCUUGUACAUUCCAUAUAUCGCAGGUGAGUACUAUCGACGGGUGUGCCCCGUUAGACAUAUGUACGUUAGCCAUAAGUACGUUAGCCAUAAGUACGUUAGGCAUAAUGGACGUUAGACAUAACGGACGUUAGGUAUCAUGUACGUUGGGCAUAAUGGACGUUAGGCAUAAAAUUACCCAAAGAACAGCUUAUGCCUAACGUCGCGGACCCCUAUCGACUAAGGAUCUCGAUUUGAAAAAACGUUUUCUUAACUUGCACAGCUUGUUUCUCAUAUGACGAUGUUCAGCAGUCCACCAUGGUUUCCGCUUCGUUUCAGUUGCCGUACGACGUACACAAGGGAUAUGACAGUUCAAUAUUUCAGAAAGCUGUUCAUAAAAGAUUGCUGUAUUUGCAUCGACUGUAUUACUAGUAAAAUACUGCGACCAGUCGAUAUAAGCUAUAGCACUAUUCAGUGCUUGAAAAUCGGCGCGCCUAAAGUCCAUCUGAAUAAUUACAUUUUGUUGUUCUGGACUAUUCACUAUGUUGCCACAACUGUGAGUCAGUAUGACAAAUGGCUUGUGAUGAGGAUCCAUCGGCAGUAAUGGCUGGGUAGCUUAUUAUUCAAUUAUUUCAAUAACGUCCGAGGCAUUGACAAAAUCUAAAUCUAGCAAACGUCCAUUUAGGUUCGUGAUAUAAUUUACUUGAAUCAGUCCAUGAGCAGGCAAUGAUUCAAGAAGUGCUAAUUCUUGUUCGGAACUGGCGUUAGUAAGAGAUAUGCUCCGAGAUCUUCGUCAAGAUUCCACUUAAGAUCAAAAUAUCUUGAUCUUGCAGUUGACCAAGAAUGGUAACAAUUGAAGUGGAAUGCGUCCAGUACAAACUGGGACUUGAAUUUGGACGUAGAUAUAUACUCACGAAUAUUGAAUGCGUAGAAACCAUGAUGCGAACAACGACUUGUUCAAGUAAUCUGAUAACGAGACCGCAUUACAAUUAAGAUUGCUUUUUAUGGCAAUUAACACUCCUCCUCCUCGAAAAAAAAUCGCUAGUAUGAACACUACGAUCACAACGGAAGAAAUAGUAAUCUGAUGAUAUCUCGGAGCUGCAGAUGUUAUCCCGGAGCCAAGUUUCGGUAAAUACUAAUACAUCUCAUAGUCACAGCUUGAUAGCAGCGUCCGUAAUUCGUCCAAUUUUGUUCGUAAUUCGCGUACAUUUUUAAAGUACAAUGCCAAUAGGUUAUCCAAUGAUGUUCGUAUAUGUUAUGUUGUAGCUUGUUGGUUGGUUGUCGUCUCGUCUUCACAUCUUGUGCAAAAAACUGAUACACAAUCAGGCACAGUAGAAACAGAUGAAUGAUAAUACUUGAAUACGGGUGGAUUUCGGAAGACCCGGUUUUCCAACUCAAGCGCAGGACCGGAAUGACUAUUGAUUGCUGGCAGAAGUAGCUCGACUGCAUUGAGGGAAAUUGGGGCUUCCUUGAGGCAGGGCAAGGGCAAGUGUGCAUUCUGGUUGAUAAUUUGUAUGAUUGGUGGAAGUUGUUCGGACAGAGCUAUCAUCCUGGCAGUUUGAUGAGACAAUUACGCUGGAAUUUGAAGCAUCUUCAGGUACAGUGGAAUUGAAUAUGCAACGAUACUUGUCUAUAACUGGGUUUCGGAAGACCCCGUUUUCUAACUCAAGCGCAGGACCGGAAUGGCUGUUGUUCGCUGGCAGAGAGGGCACCACUUCUUUGAGAGGAAUUGGGGCUUCCUAAACGCGGUGGAAAAUGUUGCAUUUCGGUUGACAAUGAAGUUAAUGUGCAUACGAUUCGAUGGAUGUACGUAGAUGACGAUAAUCACGUUCUACAACUGCGUCUGACGAUGGAUGGGUGAUUGUUUUUUAUUGUGGUCAAAUGCUCGAACAUUAACGAUUUCUGGCCAGUACCACGGAUUUCCAAUCAUUUCCGAAACAGCUUUAUUGACAGAAAAUUUGAAGGAUACGAAUUAGAGGUCGUUCAGUUUCUUCCCACGAGGCACCAGUUUGACCACUCUAAUCGAAAAGCUAUCAACGUUAGAUAUUUCCUGAACAUAGAGCUUGAUAUCCUCUUCCUUUUGAUCCGGCGUGAAUGGAGUCAUGUAAAAGUCCUUCAUAUUGGGUGCGCAUUGUACCAGUUUCGCAACACUUAAUGGUCCGGAACGCGGUCCCGCGCUGCUAAGUAGUUGAACAUUACUGUUUGCCGACUGCGUAUUGUUUCUUUGGAAAGCGAUUUCAGUGCGCGGUGGUUGAUGUUUUCGGAUGACGUGAUGAUGUAGUGGGAGUUGAAGCUUUGGCAUAGACUUGGCCGCUUGAACUUGAAGAUGGUUUCUUGGUUAGGAUAUGCACUCGUUUAUUCGACCCCACUAUAAACUUUUCUGAAUUAUGGGCAACUGUUGAGUUUAUUUCAUCCAGUACUUCAAAAAAAGAUGUGUCCCUACACUGCCGUUCUACGCAUAAUUGUCCCAUGUUACCUUUGAUGAAAAAAUCCAAACUCGAGUCAAUUUGUUCCACCAAUUUAUAAAAUCGAUUCGAUCUUAAAAUUUAACAAAUAUUUUUGGAAUGUUAUGAGCGUAGGCAACACUUUUCCGGGACAUAAAACGAAUCCCUACUUAUUUAAACGGUUUUCAGCCUCUAUUAUUAUCAGGCAAAAACUUUAUUUUUUCAGUGGGACAAAUUGACUCGAGUUUGAGAUUUUUCAUCAAGGGUAACAUGGGACAAUUAUGCGUAGAAGGGCAGUACAGGACCUGGAGUGUUGGAUAGGAUCGUUUGUGUCGUCGAAAUUCAGCAAAUCCAAAUUACGUUGGAGAGAUGUUUGAUCUGAGGACUGAUUCACAUUCACUUGCUUCUGUUGCUGGUGUCUACCGUAGAGUGUUUUGUUGAUUUUGCUUAGAUUCUCCCCGUAAUUACCAAGGCGUGUGUCCAUAGAGUCUGUUCUUAUUAAUAAUUCCCGCAGUGCUUUUAUAAUCGUUUUUUCUCGGUCGUAAACUGCUGGGUCGUAAUUCAGUCGACAGGCUUCACAGAACCAGUACAGUCCAACGUUUUUUUUUUUUUUUUUUUGUCUUUAUUAAUGAGGUUUUCGGCCCUUGACCGGUUCACCUCAAAAGUCCAACGUUUGCCGACCAUGAUGCGACUUAAAGAGUCCAAAACAAAUAUGAUGGCAUAACAUGCCACAUGUCCCACUGCAUGUUACAGUCCUACCAGCAUUCUGUGGAUUUGAACAAACUCGACAAGCCUUCAUGUCGUUAACUGCAAAUUCGAUAACAGUUCAAUGAUACGCAAUGCGACUGUACUUUAAAUAUAUCGGUGAUGCACCUUUCAAUUGGCAACAGGUCAAAUUAGCAAAUGACUGUAGCUGAUGAUAUUGCUUUGGAAUGUAGAUUCACAACAUCAAUAUGCCGAAAAACGCUUAUCGCUUAAUAACUAACAUAACAUAACAUAGUUCAUGUUUAUUGCCACUGUUUAUCACGACGAGACACACAUAUAGUCGACUGGAAAUAAAUUAAACAAUAGACGAGACACCUUAAGCGUAUAGGACGAGAAAAUAGUAGCGCGCGAGGUAGUGAAUGAUGUAUACGGUUCAGCGGUUCCCAAACAAUCCUCCCUCCCGUCGAGAUAACGGGAGGAUAAUUUACGUUCAAAUUUCUGGAAUAUUCCCGUCGGUAUUCCUGGAGGAUGGAGGAUAUCUAGAAGUUUCUCAUAGGAAUCUCUGGAACAUUCCCGUCGGACUCCUUGGAACAUUUCUGCUGGAAUCCCUGGUGGAUUAUCUUCCGAACCCCUGGAGAUUCCCUUCGGUAUGCUUGGCGGAUUCCCUCGAAUUCUCUAGAGAUUCCCCUCGGAAUCCCUGAACCAUUCAAGUCGGAAUCAAUAAAGUAUUCUCAUCGGAAUCCUUGGAGGAUUCUCGUCGGAGCCCCUGGAGGAAUUUUGCAUAUUUUGUUUAUGAAAUAUACAAUAAUAUUCACUGCCUCAGUGGGAACUUGACGGCGAUCCAUCACAAAUUGUCCUUUGAGUGUGCUGGACAAAGCCGAGCGCUACUACACUUAGACGCAAUAACCAAGCGCUAUCAAUUUGAGUCAUUGUAGCAAUCAUCGGCAAGUAAACAAACACACUUCGAUACUGUGGGCUACAACAGAAAGCACGUGCUUGAGAAAAGAGAAUACGGAUGAGUGUCAUUGAUCCGCAAUUGCCUUAGGUGGUUGGACCGGAUUCAUCACAUUACCACUAAGAUUACUUAAUGAGGUGUUAAAAUGUUCAAGAAUUUUUGAAAAGAUACUCAAAGUAGAUAAAAUAGAUGAAGGGGCUAUAGUUGUUGUUGAUAAUUUGGCCGGGAUAGCGGGCGCCGACCUAUCGAAGUUCCAACUUCGACUUCCACCGAAUAGUGGUAGCCGAAGCUGGUAGCUUGGUUGACUAUCGGUUGAGCUAUUUGGUCGUCCAUGUUGGUGACAAAGAUGCCGAGCGUAGUGUGGGCUCCGUACCGUGUCGACUGAGUAAUGAACCUCCAGCUCAUCGUUGCACCAGAUUAUGUCAAUUCGGGGGCCCUCCUUAGCCGCGCGGUCAGACGCGGACUUGGGGUCCGCUUCUUCAAUCUGUUCCUCGAGAGUUCAUGAAACAGUUUUGAGUUCCUUUGCCGAAACGGAAACAGUUCAUACAUUGAGGAUCGUCUCGAAGCACCGGUUUAUAUUUGGUCUACUCGAUCUUGAUGGGCUUGAUGAGCAUGAGAUUCUUCAAUGUGGUUUUACCAUCAGGCACUGAGAACAGACAUGAAACAAAAUUUCGUUAAAAACGUGUGUAAAGAUUUAAAUCGCACCUCAGCGCCACCAACGCAGGCUGCACGACAUAAAAACUCAAUCUCACUAAGUGAUGGCGUUGGCAUACACUACAUAAACAAUGUAGUGUUACCACCUAGGAGCGAAUUUAGGGGGAAUAAGGAAUGAACACUAGCGCUAAAAAGUAUUACGGAGAAAAAGAAAAAUUUAGAUAGCUUCGCGGAAAUAACGCGCAGAGGGCAAUCCCCGCAUGGAACAAGUCGUACACAGUGUGCGUUGAACUGCACAUUAUUUAUAUCAAAUCAACUGUCAUGAGGUCCAUGAUUUUAACGGCGUGUUUGCAAGUGUGUAUAAACAUAGCAUGACUAAACCGUCUAAGACGAAUUAAGUACUGUCCAUUUAA